AUGGCUAUUAGCGACGAAUUUUCAAUUGUCGACUAUCUUGUAUUCGGUCUAUUGUUGGCCAUUUCGUCGGUAAUUGGCGUCUACUUUUGGUUCAGUGGCCGUAAACGGGUAUCCAAUGACGAGUUUUUGACCGGCAAUCGCCAGUUGGGUGUAUUCCCGGUUACACUGUCACUGGUGGCCACUUUUACAUCCACCAAUACAUUGCUGGGUAUGCCGGCCGAAGUCUAUCAGGUGGGCACACAGUUUUCGUUGCAAAUCAUAUCGUUUUUUGUGGCCAUUGUGUUGGCCGCCCACGUAUUUAUGCCAAUCUAUUAUCGUAUGGGACUAUUGAGUGUCAAUGAGGUCAUGUAUAUAUAUUUUUUAAAUUAUUUUUUUGAAAUAAAAUUUAUAUCACAGUAUUUGGCCAAAAGAUUUAACUCACCGUAUAUUCGUAUGGCCGGAACCGUCGGUUUUAUUUUAGCGACUACUCCACAUAUGGCUAUUGUUUUAUAUGGUCCGGCACUAGCAUUAAGCUCAGUUACUCCUCUAUCGAUCACAACAUCUAUACUAGUGGUUGGAGUUAUCUGUACUUUCUAUACAACAAUUGGUGGCAUUAAAGCUGUUAUAUGGACUGAUGUUAUACAAUGUAUACUAAUGUUUUUGGGUGUCCUAAUGGUUAUCAUACAAGGUAUCUUAGAAGUCGGCGGUAUAGCCAAAGUAUGGCAUAUCAAUGAAAAGGGCGGUCGACUCAAGUUUUUCAAUAUGCAAUUUGAUGUCUACAAUCACGACAACUUCUGGAAUGUGGUAAUCGGUACAACCAUUUCAUGGACAGCUGUCUAUUGUGUCAAACAGGCACAGGUUCAGCGAUACAUUAGUAUGGAAUCGGCGGCUAAAGCCAAACGUACCCUCUACUGGAACCUACCCGGCCUAAUACUAUUGGGCGUAAUGGCCAUACUAUGCGGUAUGGUUAUAUACGCCAAAUAUCAUGAUUGCGAUCCAAUCACUUUGGGACUAAUUAGCCGACACGAUCAACUGAUGCCCUACUUUGUAAUGGACACACUAGCAAAAUAUCCGGGACUACCCGGCCUAUUUGUAGCAUGUAUAUUUAGCGGAUCGCUUAGUACAUUAUCAUCUGGUUUCAAUGCAUUGGCUACUAUAACAUGGAUAGAUAUAGUCAAACCAUGUUUAAAAAUAACCAGUGAUAGACAGUCGCUAAACAUAACUAAGCUAAUUGCCAUGUCCUAUGGAUUGUUAGCAAUAGCCAUGUCCUUUGGUGUAGGCAAUGCCGGCACAGUAAUGCAGGCAUCGUUAGCAUUGACCGGAUCAACAUUGGGACCAAUGUUUGCACUGUUUAUUAUCGGCAUAUUCUAUCCCUAUGCAACAUCAUUGGCGACACUAAUUGGUUUUAUAAGCGGCAUAUCUGUCAGUUAUAUGCUAUCAAUUGGUGCAAUGAUUAUCCCGCGACCCAAAGUCUCAUUGCCGACAACUAUCGACUCGUGUGCGGCUCAUCUGAUCCAUGACUAUCAACUGAUGAUGGGAUCAAAUAACACAACAACAUUAGACAGACCAGUGUUUAUCACACACUACGAUAAUCCCGACGGUUUUGGUAAAGUGUUUCAUAUAUCAUAUCUAUUGAUGUCAACCAUUGGUUUAGUUAUCUCAUUGUUUGUUACAAUAAUAUUAAGUUUAUGUAUAGGCAAACGCAAUGAUAAUAUAGAUCCGAGUCUAUUGUCACCGAUUGUUAAAUACAUAUAUCCAUUGAAUAGCAAACGGCAAACAUAUUAUCAAACAUCAGUUAAAAAGGAUUCAGUUAAUAAUAAAGAGACUUCUAUAUGA